AUGGCUGACGCCUCCGCGGUGAAGAAGAAAAACUCUGCGAAGGCGGGAGGGGUUCGUUUUGCACAAGAGGCUUUGGCGGACCGCGCCUCGUCACACGUGCACUUUGACGACAAGCUGCACGACUCUGUCAUCACGGUCGCGGCGGAGGAUGACGGCAGCUUCCUGGUCAAGGUAGGCUUCCUGAAGCUACAGCACCGCUACGAAAUGGCUUUCACCCUACCCGAGGUCCCGUCUCUGGGCAAGAACGUGUGCUUGGCGCCCGUCCCCAGCCCCCACCUGCGUGUGGUUGACAUCUCGCCCACCCCUGAAGGAGGUCUACGGUUGACGUGCGAGUACCUAGCUCAACAUGCGGGGGUGCUGUGCGAGCGCAUACGGUUGCUGAGCGAGCUCGACGAUGAGAUCGGCGUCACAGUUAAAGUUCACGCUAGAGUCAUGGAACGCGAUCACGGCACGCCCAUGCUGCUGGAAGGCGUCCGAUGCAUCGGCGCGGAACUGGAGUACGACUCGGAACAGAGCGACUGGCAGGGCUUCGACUGA